UAGCACACGAUCCGCUCGGGUCAAUGAGUUUGAAAAUAUUCCGUUAACGUGUCGUUGUCAAUACUGACAACAAAAAGCAGUUGAGGUUAUAAAAUAGAUAGGCAGAAUUAAAAAUGUUUGGCGAAAAAGCCUGUAACUUAAUAAAAGAACUAUCCAGAUGUGAAAACGUAUUGCCGCCAUACAACACCGACAUGGUGAAGGAAGUUUGUGCCGAAAUAAAGCAGCUUGAUGACCUGAACAGGAGCAAUGGAGCGAUUGUUGCCAAUGAAAGCGGCUUGGCAGUCAACAGCAACCCCUUAUAUCCCACUCUCAGAAUUGGGGUAACAGCCCUGAAAAGAAACGUCCGCUGUCUGAUCGCUUACCACCAUAACAGACUCAGGAUACUCAGAACCAUGAGAUGGGAGUUUGGUAGUGUUUUACCGGCAGAUAUUAAGGUCAACAUGAGCUCAGAAGAAGUCGAGUGGUUUUGCCAAUAUUCCAGAAAUUUGGCCAAAUACAUGAGAUCAAUUGGCGAAGAUGGUCUAAAUUUGGGGCUGGAUCUUCGACCUCCUAAAUCACUCUACAUUGAAGUGAGAUGUUUAGUGGAUUACGGGAAGUUUGAGUUAUCCGAUGGAACGGUGCUAUUGCUUAAAAAAGACAGCAGACACUAUUUGCCAAGAACUGAGUGCGAGGAGUUGAUUACAAAAGGUAUUUUUCAACAUAUCUUAUAAUUAUCAGUGUAAAUACAACUCUGUAAAAGUUUGCUCAGUAUUGUUGAAUCAAUCAGUUUGUUAAUUACAAUUAAUUUUUCAGUC